AUGAUAGCCAUGGUGCGCCCUGCGGCGCGCUUCCACUGCCAGGUGCCUUGCGGGAUCUUCACUGAUGAGCUCCGGGUGCAGGCCAUGAAGGAGGAUGCCUCUACAAUCCGCAAGGCAGUGGUGCAGUCACAGGAGCUGCACAAGGCUGGUGCUCUCCAAGACAUCCACCAGAUGGUGCGCUGGAUCCACACGAAGGAGGAUCACGCACAGAAGAUCAUGACCACCACGGCCGACUACUUUUUGGCGCAGAAGGUGAAGAAGGCCGACCUGGCGGAGGAUGAGUAUCUCAAGCGGUUGGCCCUCCACCACGACGUCAUGGUGGCCGCCAUGAAGGCCAAGCAAUCCUCGGAGCUGGGGCCGGUGGACACCCUGGACAAGGCCAUCGAGGCUGAGCCGACGGCCGACGGCCGAGGGCUUCGGCGCUCGCCCGAAAAGCAUGGCCGGAGCGGUGAAUUGCGUUGGAGUCAGAAGUUGUGA